AAGUCUGCCAAAGAGGAAUGCAACAGAGGCUUUGUAACAUUAAACUACAAGAAGAAUCAAAAAGAGAAAAAUACCUUGACCCUUUCCACAGCCAAAAGCUUUUAUGCCCACUAAUAAAUGAGGGGAAAUUACCACCGAAAGGUUACCCUAACAUAAUACCGACUUCAUCGAGGCGGACCCAGUUGGAGAUAGCGGGAUGUCCUGAAUUCGUUCGUUCUUACCGAUAUGGUCACUGGCGGCUCAUAAGAGAGACAAGCGAAAGAAAAGUGGGGAGGCCUAUGCCAGCCGUGGGAUAUUCAGGGCUAGUAAUAAUAAUAAAAAAGUUUUGGCUUAAAACCUGUUUAAAUCUUCUCAGGCCUUUGAUAGAGCUUAAAGUAUUUUUUUCAUGACACUGACAUAUUAAGAAUGCGCGACUGCGCAGUUUUUGUUGAUUUUAGUGCACUGUAAUUUUGUAUUGAACUGCAAUUUGAUUAUUAUAAAAUAAUGGUAUCAAAGGAACUUUCUCCUUCGAAUACUUAUUAGUCGUACGUGCGAGGAGAUAUCAUCUAAACGAGAAAAAUGGGUUUAAUACAGUCCGUGUUUUGUUCUAUGACAUUUUGUGUCGAAAGAGUUCUAACAUGGACAUGCUGCGCUUUCCUGUUGAUGUUACUCAUGUUUAGCAUUGUCCUGCUGAUGGUGUAUGGUAUCUCAGUUGGCUACCAUUACGCACAAAAAGAACUCGCUUCAUUCGCAAUGUCGUCGAGAUCCACGACGGAGCCGACGAUGUUGCGCGCCGGGCCGGAGAACAGGCCCGUGGUGCGCCUGCUCGCAGUCAACAGGUCCGAGGUCGAGCACGCGCCACACCCGCUCCUUGAGGUGUACCAAACCAGGAGGCCGGGAGAGCAAAUUUAUAUGGAGACUUCCGAGACACCCAUCGUUGUUUUAGAAACUGAACGGCCCCCGAAAGAGCCCGAGUUGUCCCCGCAUGAGCGAGAGUUGGCACGAAGACUCAUCGGUCGGUUCCGUCGUUCACGAAACAACACAUCGACGCCGAUCCCUUUCUUCCGGCCUUUAAGAAACAAUACAGAUCGCAAAUUCAUCCCUUUCACAUGAAUACUGCAGAAUUUACACUUGUGAUUUUAAUAAAUUUACCAAGUUCUCGUUACUGUUAUGGGAAGCAUGGGAAACUUAGAUCAAUAUAAUCAAGUUGUAGGGUGAAUUAUCUACAUUUAUAUUAUGUUUAUUUAUUAUCGUGAUUUUAAAUUAAUAAA